GGUUAAAUUGUCGAAAAAAGUUGAUAUUUCUCUAUGGUCACGUAACUCUUGCUCCGAGCUUAGCUUCCUCCUCUGUCAAAAAUGUGUCGUUGAUUGAAUGAAGUUGUUACAAAUUCGUAAAAUAGCAUAAAUGGUGUUUUAGUGAAUUUAAGUGUAUUCGCCAACAUAUAUGCUUCUUACUUAGUGGUUGAGAGCACAUUAUUGUGUUCGCAUCAAUUAUUCUGUAACGAAAAUGGACGUAGAUACAGAUGGCAGGCAGUCGCGCUCUCGCAGCCGCAGCCGCUCUGUUGAAUCGGAAUCAAAAAUGUCGCACGACGGUUCUACACACUCUAGACGUAACUCAAGAUCGGGAUCGCGUUCAAAGUCGCGAUCCCGCUCUAAGUCCCGCUCACGUUCUAAAUCUGGGUCCCGCUCCAAGUCCCGGUCUCGGUCCCGCUCCAAGUCGCGGUCCCGCUCCAAGUCGAGCUCGCGCUCCCGCAGCGGGUCGCGCAGCUCGUCGGGCGCCAAGUCCCGGUCGCGCUCCCGCAGCGGCUCCCCCGCCCGCUCGCGCUCCAGGAGCGGCUCUCCGCGCAAGUCCAGGUCCCGCAGCGCCUCACCGAGGAGGUCCCGCAGCCGCUCCCUAGCUAAAUCCAAGUCUAGGUCCCGGAGCAAAUCCCGCUCGCCGGACAAAAUGAUUGUGGACGACGAUGGCGAUGCAGCCACGGAGCGACACGACGACGAACAGCCGCGCGCUAAAACACCGCCAGAAAUCCGUGCAAGUCGUUCACGCUCGCGAUCGAUUUCGCGUCGAUCUAAGUCGAAAUCUCGUUCAAGAUCCAAAUCACGCUCCAAAUCAAAAUCCGUUGAGAGAGCUGGCAAAAGCAGAAGCCGCUCUCGUUCUGAGUCGGGACUACGGAAAACUGCAUCGCGGUCUCGAUCGAGAUCCGGUUCUCGAUCAAAAUCUAGAUCCCGCUCUCGCUCACGAUCUGGAUCACGAUCAAAGUCGCGCUCUAGAUCACGAUCGAAGUCAAAGUCUCGAUCCCGGUCUCGAUCAAAGUCGGGAUCACGCUCGCGGUCCGGUUCCGCCAAGUCUAAGUCCAGGUCGCGCUCCCGCUCCCGUUCCAGCUCUCGUUCCGGAUCUGGGUCACCUUCUCGUCGAGGCAAGAAGCGGCGCGCUGUCCGCCUGGACUCGGACGAGUCGGGCGGUGAGGAGCGCGGGCCUGGCGAGGAGGGCGCGCCGGAGGGCGAGGAGGGCUCCGCGCCCGCCGCGCCCCAGCCCGUGGCUGAACCCGAUUCCUCCGACGACGAGCUGGCUCCCGACUCCAAGUCCUCCGAAAUGGCGGCCGGCAUGUCGGACUUCGAGAUCAUGCUGGCCCGCAAGCGUGACGAGCGCCGCGGCCGCCGCCGCCGCCGCGAUAUUGAUAUCAUCAACGACAACGACGACCUCAUCGCACACCUGCUGCAGCAGAUGCGCCAGGCGGCCGAGGAGGACCGCGACCUUAACAAGCGCAACCAGCCCGCCGUGCGCAAGGUGUCCAUGCUGAAGUCGGCGAUGUCGCAGCUCAUUAAGAAGGACCUGCAGCUUGCGUUCCUGGAGCACAACGUGCUCAACGUGCUCUGUGACUGGCUCGCGCCCAUGCCCAACCGGGCUCUGCCCUGUCUACUCAUUCGCGAAAGCAUUCUUAAGUUGCUCAUGGAUUUUCCCUCGAUCGAUAAAUCAUUAUUGAAACAAUCUGGCAUCGGAAAGGCGGUGAUGUACCUAUAUAAACAUCCCAAAGAAACGAAGGCCAACCGCGAGCGAGCCGGCCGCUUGAUCUCCGAAUGGGCCAGACCAAUAUUUAACCUCUCCACCGAUUUUAAAGCCAUGACGCGCGAGGAGCGGCAGGCGCGCGACGAGGCCAUGGCGGGCGGGCGCGGGGCGCGCAGCGGCGGGGGCGCGGGCGGGGGCGCGAGCGGGGGCGCGGCGGGGGGCGCGCGGGGCCCCGACGCCGCCGAGCGCGCCGCGCGCCCCGGCGAGCCCGGCUGGGUGGCGCGCGCGCGCGUGCCCGCGCCCUCCAGCAAGGACUACGUGUACCGCCCCAAGUCCACCUGCGAGACCGACAUGUCGCGGACGAGCAAGAAGAAGAUGACGCGCUACGAGAAGCAGAUGAAGCGAUUCAUGGACCAGAAGCGUAUGAAAAGCGGGUCGCGACGCGCCGUCGAGAUCUCCAUCGAGGGCCGCAAGAUGGCGCUCUAGGCGAUUGUGAUAAGUCAUAGGUUAACACUAAGGAACUGAAUAAAUUAUGUGACGAA